ACUGAUGGUGAAGCAGAGGGCUUAUGCAAAGUUAAGGGAGAGGCAACAGAACUGCAGGGAGGAGGGAGAGCAGAGUGGAGGAGAAAGUGGCAGCAAUCAUGAAGACACGACAUACAGAGUGGAUUGCAAAGUCGCAGGUGCACAUGGGGUUCUGGACAGCACAGACUCGGCCAUUCUUGCUCAGGAACUUGAACCCUAUUUGAGGUCCCUUCUUGUAAUCAGUGAUGAGCUUCCUCUGAGCCCAAGACAUGAGCAAGCCAAGCUUCUCCUGGAGCGAGCACGACUCAAGGCUCGCUCCAACCACAUUAAAGGUGAUCGCCCCUGCAGACGCUCCCAUUCUGAUCAGAGAUCUGCCGUAAAGAAGAAGCAGGUUGAGUCUCCCCUUCCAACGUCAACGCAGAAAUCUAUUCAAACCAAAGAAGAUCUUACAGCUCAAACUGUAUCUGGUCCCCUCCUCGUCCCCAACCAAAGAGACACUUCCCCAAGUGAGCAAGGUGGUCGAUCCAGACGCUACGGUUGUUCACCCACACGGGUACGCUUCGAGGAUGAAUCAGAGAAAGAAGCAGAGUCUCGGUACUUGGACAGGGUGAGACAGCGUGGCAGGCCUGGGAUGCCAAAGUCCAAGAGUAAAGAAAGUAAUACAGAUUCUAGCAGCAGUGGUUCAGAGAGGAGCAGAAGCCACCGCAGUGUCUCCAUGCCUCCUUCACAGAAGCAAGAAGAUGUGGUUGUCAGUGGUGAACCCACAACAGUGAUUAAAGAGAUAAUAGUGCUGGUGAAGAAAUGUGAGUCAUGUGGCUCUGUGGUCAGGGAACCUCAGCCGGUCUUGUCACCGUCAGAUGCACAGAACAUUGAGACACAGCAUUUGAGCAACCCUGAGGACGCCAGAGGAAAAGCGGUUCCUCACUGGGUGCCUUCAAACAAGCCUGAGGCAAGUACGCGUCCCAAAGCUCCAACUGUCACUUUUGCCGGAGCUUUCGUGCUGGGGGAAAAUAAGGAGAGUAGCACAGGGUGGAAAUCAUCAGGGUUUGGGAAGCUUAGAAGAAGGAGCAGGAAAGGAGAAAGUCGACUGGAGUCUGGCCAUGGCCCGUAUGGCCCAUCGUGGGCUCAGCGACGUAACUCAAACCCCAGGAACAGGGUCAACUUGAGCAGAGCUGUUUCCUUCGCCCCAGGUAGCCCCAUCGAUCUGGAGCCCCGUUUGCUGGAGGCAUCUGGUGGACUGAGGGAAUCGCCUGCCCCAGCACUGCCUAUAAAGUCAGCCCUGAAGUCAAGUUCAAGAAAUCGCUCUGCUGCAGGUCAGUCCACAGUUCAGUUCCAGAUGACCUCAAAUCAGGGAGGCGAGGGAGGAUCCCUGCACUCUGCCCUCCUGGACUCUCCAGAAGGAAGAAGGGAGUCUCCAGUGGCCUUAACCCAAGGGACCUCUGCAACAAGCAACCCAGUGCCCUGUAUCAGACCCUCCAGCCUGAGGUACUCCCCAGCCCGGCUCACCACGGACCUGCCAGCUGCUGAACUCUGGGAUGCCACCCCAGAUGGAACCGGUCUGAGUGGAGACCUGGGUUCUGGUCCUGAGUGUCGUCCUGCUUUGCGGGGCCUGGCUAUGUCUCGGGCUGAGGACCUCAGAGCAGAGCUAUUGAGAGCAGAACAUCUGAAAGCCGAGGCCAUAUGGGAGGAAAACUCUGACGGCUCCAGAAAGCUGGAUGGACGGCCAAAGCUCUUCCUGCGUCGCUUCUUCUCCUCCAUUGGUCUGAACAGUGUUGGUAGACUAGUGAAAGGAGGCCGCUCCAGCAGCAUGGAGCAGCUCAGUAUACCCACAGCCCCUCGGGCCAGCUCUGCUUCCCCAAGCCCCACACGCAGACCACAGCCCACCAUCCGCAUACAGAGGACACCCUCGCUGCAAACCCUGCACACGGUGCUGCCACUGGCCCAACUGCGCAAAGCCUCCUCUGUGCAGAGUUUAGAGAGAAGAACAGAACGUUCAACAAUACUGGGAGAAGUGCAGAUACCAUACGGCCUGGCGCCCAGCCCCGAUAGCCCUCAGCUCGAGCUUCACAGGGCCCUGAGUGUUGAAGAUGUACUUGCCUCCAGAAUCGUGCGCCCGGUGGGCCGGGUCACUCAGGCUUUCUCUGAUGGGACCCUCCUCCUGGAACUGGUCAGACCCCCAAAUGGUCCCUUUGGUUUCGUCAUCUCAAGGGGCAAAGGUCGACCAGACACAGGUGUGUAUGUAGAGAAAGUGGGCGACGGCAGUGGCGAAGGCCCCUACUUAGGUCUCCUCGGCAUCGGUGAUGAAAUUCUGCAGGUGAAUGGAGAGGCGGUGGCUGGCCUCAGUCUGGACCAGGUGACGCGGCUCAUGACCCGGGAAAGCACGGCUUCUCUUCGGAUCAUGCCAGCCCGACGCCUCCAGCGCUGACGGGGAGGAUGGCACAGAGCCAUUUCUAGAUUCUAAUUCGCCGCUGCGAACACUGCUGAUGGACUGAAACCUGUGGUAGACGUGAGAUAGUCAGUGUUUAUUUCAGUGCAGUUUCAUAUAUGACAUGAUAUGUAAAACCACAUGACAGUACAAGGGACUGGGAUUACAGUGACAGAUCAAUAAAACAACCAAAUGAUAAAUCUAAAGCCAAACAUACCUAGUUAUAGAGAGGACUAUACUAGCUGGGAUAUCAGAGUAUAUAUUGUGAUUCUAAUACAAAGUUAAGACUAGAGCUACUGAUUCAAAACCAGCACGACUGCAUAUGUUUGUUUUUUUAAUGGGCACAAUUGCAUGAACAGGGAUCAUUUCAUUCAUGGAGUAGCUGAAUUUUACAUCCAUCUUAAAAAGAAACUGCAUUUAUUUUCACUUCAGUAUUUGUGACAAUCAAACUGUGAUUUGCUUUGUGUCGCGCACACCCUAAAUACUCAGUGAGUGGAACCACAUUUUGUCAUUUAAAGUAUUGCACAGAUCUGUUUCCAUUAAUUAAGUAAUUAAUUAAUUUGUUCAUUAUUUCAGAUUAUUGGCAUGUGUAAGGAUGUAUUACAGAGGUCAUCUUGGCCCACAAGACCCUCAAGAUAAAGAGCAAUCUGCACCAGCAUGAAAAGCAUUUAUUUAUUUUUUUUAAAAAAGGGGGGCACCUUCCAUUGGAUUGCAGCUGCAUCCCAAAAUAUGUUUAAACAACCAACUGUCUCUAUUUUUUUUUUCUUCUUCAGUGGGUCAUGUUUUCCUGGUGCUCUGCAGGAUCCCUUCAUUUGAC